CUGUCUUCCGCUUACUACCUACUGCUUACUGUGGAAAUAGGAAGGAAAAUAUCCUGCCCGCGCUGAGCCAGGCUACUAAACCACCUCCUACAUCCGGGGACAACUGCAACCAUGGAACUUCCGCCAUACUUGUGUGAUAUCCUUCACAACCGCCAUUUGCAUUUAAAGAUAAAAAUAUAAUCUCUCUUCAUACGUGUAUAAAAUCAAAUCCGGUCAAACAAAAGCUCCAUGUGUGUGCUAAAGACAAUGUGAUUAAAACGGGAUGGACAUUUUGAUACUGAUUUAUUAGUACCAUCAAUUUCGCAAUGAUUUGUUAUUUUGCAUUUUAUUAAAUCUGCAGAUAUUCCACUAUGUGGCAGAACGUGACAGAGGAACUUGAGAUGCCGCGGAAUACACAUGCCCCCCUCCGUCAAACUAUGGAACACAUCCAAGUCUACAUGCAUGCUGUCAAGUUUUGUCGCGUUCAUUCCGCUUUACUACGACCUGCUUAUGUUAUUCGCACCGUGACCACGUUAAAAUUUGACCUGCUUUCAACGACAACCAAGGCCUGUCAUGUUUGUCCAACCAGUGCCAGUCGGAAACAUACUAUAAUCGUAGUAGGCAGUAAUAGCAAGGAGAUAAAACAAGCAAAAAUCCCAGUACCGUGGUUUAAAGAAGACAAGGAAACUGAUUUUCGCCGGACCUUGCCAAAGCACGCGUUAGAAAGACUCGAUACGUAUAGAAAGUUCACUGACUUCAAGGACUAUUUGUCAUUAGUGAACAUUUCUACAUCAGUGGUUACCAUAAGGAAUAAAAAAUCUAAGGUCAGAAUUGGAGAUGAAGUCAUUGUCGACAUUGAUUUGUACAACGGUAGAGGAGAACGAUCAACUCGCGGAGGUGACAUGCUUAGAGUGUGGUUUCGAGAACCUUCCCGUCAUGCUUCUGUUUCUGGAUAUGUAAUCGACCAUGGCAACGGAUCAUAUACAGGAGUUGUUAAAGCCAUGUGGGCCGGCAAUCCAGAGUUGAUGUUUUCUAUCGCAAAUACGAAGGAACAUAUUGGAAUUUUCAUGAAUAUUGUGCAUAAAUAUGGUUUGAUCAGGUUUCUUCGGGCCGGUUAUAUAAAAGGAAAACUGACAGAGUCAACGUUAUGUAGCGUCAUACCAAACAUUCCGAAUGUAACAGAUUACUGCAACUUUACAGCUCAGAACUUCAAUUUGUCAUUUUUCUGUGGUAAACCAAAACAUAUGAGCUGUGGAGAUUGGGUUGAAUAUGAAAGAACUUCUAAGUAUGCCUGCAAUAUGAAGCAUAAAUCCUUUUUUCAGAAUUAUAAAUACUUUAGUAAAAGUAUAGGGACACUGAAGGUAUUAGCUGGUUCUGGUACUACAGGAGAGUCGGAUAUCCUCUGUCGUGACGUCACCAGUACAAUAACAUGGCAGACGACUAACCCGACUGGCUUCUUUUACGACGGUAAAUGGCGAUCGUUAAUCUGCAAACCUGCGCUCUCAUGGACGUAUGACGCAUACGCAAAAUGUUUAAAGAAUCGACCGGUACUCAUGACAGGUGACUCCACCACAAGGAAUUGGUAUUUACCUUUAGCCGCGCUGUUAAAGUUGCGCAUAUUUGUUGGACGUCAUGAAAUUAAGGACGCGGCAUGGCAGAAAUUUGCUGAAGCAGAAAAUAAGGAAAAAUAUUUGUCGAUGUAUUGGACACCACACGAAAUACCGUUCUACAGUUACGAACAAAACAAAAACAACUUCCGGUCUGUAGCAUCAAGGAUAGACGAUUUACCGGGAAACAAAAGCGCCAUCAUCAUAUUACAUUGGUUCGGGCAUUUGACUAAAACGACUCCGAAACAGUAUAGAGAUCAUGUGACGAGUGCCAAACAUGCUGUAGUGCGUCUUUUGAAACGUUCUCCUCAUUCAAAUAUUUUCAUAAAAGGUCCUCACUCUUUCACAUACAAUAACUUUCUAGAACCAUUUGACUACAUCAGUAGAGUUUACAGGCAGAUUCUGUACGAGGAAUUCACAGACUUACAAGACAAAGUCUACUUUAUCGACCAAUGGGAUGCAACAGUUGGGAACGAGAAUUUAGACAUACACCCCAAACCUUCAUUAAACCCAAUUAUGACCAAUUUCUUAUUUUCUUUUAUUUGCAAACAAUAAUUCCCCGAAAAUAAGAAAAUGUCAAUUUAAGUCUAUUCUUGAAAAAAAACCCCGAAGGAACAGUAAGUAAAGUCUUGUUUAUACAUGAUGCACAUUUUUUGUUGUUUAAAGUGAGUGUAACCUUUAACCUUUGUAGUAUUGAGGAUGCGGUACAUGAAAUGUACUUACAAAUGACGAGGAUCUGCAUGCAACACCAUACCCCGAUAUAGUGCGUUUAUCAGUACAAUAGUUAUAGCUAUUAAAAAAAAACGUUUGCAGUUCAUUGUAGAUUGUAAUUUGAUGUCAGCUAGAAUAAGUUUUCCUAUUACCCACUGCGUGACCGUGUGGACUGACAGUGUCAUUAAAUCCAAGGCAACGCAUGAUGGCGAAAAAAUGCCAAGUAGAAUCGUGAAUAUAGUACUGUUAUCAUACCAGAAGACAAAGACGAAGAAACGUGAAAUUAUAAAGAAUGAAAUUGGAAGUAAAUUUUUUGUCAUACAAAUGUAUAACAAUGGACAUGAAUAAGAACAAUACAAUGUGGCAUUGUUUAUUUGCAUAGCUAACGUUCUCUUUGUCAUUCGUAUAGCCUACUGGAUGUUAUGUUAAUAUGAGUCUUAUCUUAAUAGUGAUAAAUCCUAAUAAUAUGUUUUCCACUGGAAGCAAAUCUAUCUGUGAUAGUUUUCAAACAUCUUAUGAUUGUAUUUCUUACGUUGCCUGAUAACGGUCCAUGACAUUGCCAUUUCGACGCCGCUUAUUGUGAUAGUUCCUGGGUGACGACAACAUCUGUUAACGAUUCUCAACCUGUGGGAUGGAUAUGUUGCUGUGACAGAAGGGUUGUUUGAUACAGCUUCUUAUAUCCUUAACCAGAUAACUCAAGAUACUCGGAGAGUUGUUAAUCCGUUAUUGUUAUUACUUACGGAAUCUUGAUCGUGUCAGGUCGUCAUGGUAUCUGUGAACCGAAGUGUAUGCUCCAGCCACAGUGAGAGCACAGGCAUCCACAUUGCACGCCAGUACAACGAAUAUACAAUCAAGGUCAGGAACUCCAUCGGCCUGGGGAAACGACCCAAUUUUGAGAAAAUUACGAUUACGUCAAACCGUUCAAGA